AUUCGUUUUACCGCGCUCUCUGUUGUUUUGUUGUGAUGCUGCCUUAAUACAGACGGUUAGAAAUGUUUCUGUAAAUGUAAAGAUACAGUUUUGGAAUUUGUUCAAUAAAUACCUGUAAUAUUCUCAUCCUCACAAUCGUGAGUAAGUUUUGAAGCAAGCAGGAAUAUCUGGAGGAGUAUCAUCUGAACUGAGAUCUGCUGCUGUGAAGAUGGUGUUUGUUAAAGAGGAGAGUGAGGAGAACAUGAGUGAACCAGAAACCUGGAGAAUAAAACAGGAGGAAUCAGAAACCUGCAGAAUAAAACACGAGGAACCAGAAACCUGGAGAAUAAAACACGAGGAACCAGAAACCUGGAGAAUAAAACACGAGGAACCAGAAACCUGCAGAAUAAAACACGAGGAACCAGAAACCUGCAGAAUAAAACACGAGGAACCAGAAACCUGCAGAAUAAAACAGGAGGAACAAGGAGAGUUUAUUGAAGAAAGUGAGGUGAACGAAGAAUUGAAUGAAGAUGAGGAGAAAAAUCAUGUCAAAACUGGAGAAAAAUAUUUGAGUUGCUCUCAAACGAAACAGAAAGAUUUAAAGAAAAGAAGAGCCAAUAAAUCUUCUGCCUGCACUCAGUGUGGAAAGAGUUUGACAAGCAAAUAUAGUCUUGAUCGUCACAUGAAAAUUCAUACGGGAGAGAAACCUUACACAUGUGAUCAAUGUGGGAAGAGUUUCAUACAAUCAGCACACCUUAAGAAACACAUGAACAUCCACACUGGAGAGAAACUGUACUCAUGUGAUCAAUGUGAUAAAACCUUUUCGAGCGCUUCAGUCCAAAAGAAACACCUGACAGUUCAUACAAAGGAGAAGCCAUAUUCAUGUUAUUUAUGUGGAAAGAGUUUUUCACAUUUUUCAAUUUUGAAAGUACAUCAGAAAAUACACACUGGUGUGAGAGAGUACAUGUGCUUGGAGUGUGAAGAGACUUUUACUUCAGCAAAGUUUUUAAAACUGCAUGAGAGGAUUCACACUGGAGAGAAACCGUAUCACUGCACUGCAUGUGGGAACCGUUUCAAUAAUUCAUCUGCUCUACACAGACAUACAAAAAACUAUCACAAGUUGACUGAAGAAAAUGAGGAGAAUAAAGAAUCAAGUGAAGUUGAGGAGAAAAAUCAUGUCAAAACUGGAGAAAAACCUUUGAGUUGCUCUCAAACCAAACAGAAAGAUUUAAAGAAAAGAAGAGCCAAGAAAUCUUUCACCUGCACUCGGUGUGGAAAGAGUUUCACACACAAAACAAGUCUUGAGCAUCACGUGAAAGUUCAUACUGGAGAGAACCCAUUCACUUGUGAUCAAUGCGGGAAGAGUUUCUCACAAUCAGCAAACCUUUAUGAUCACAUGAAUAUCCACACUGGAGAGAAGCAGCACGCAUGCGAUCAAUGCGGUAAAAUGUUUUUAUGGGCUUCAGUUCUGAAGAAACACUUGAAAGUUCAUUUAAAGGAGAAGGCACAUUCAUGUCAUUUGUGUGGUAACAGUUUUUUGCAUCAACAAAAUUUGAAAAAGCAUCAGAAAACACAUACUGGUGUGACAGAAUACAUGUGCUUUGCGUGUGAAAAGACUUUUACUACAGCGACCUGUUUAAAACUGCAUGAGAGGAUUCACACUGGAGAAAAACCUUAUAAGUGUUUGCACUGUGACAAGAGAUUCAGUCAGUCAGUGCAUCUGAAAAGACACAAUAGGAUCCACACUGGAGUGAAACCUUAUAAGUGUUCUCACUGUGACAAGAGAUUCAGUCAGGCAGUACAUCUGAAAAGACACAAUAGGAUCCACACUGGGGAAAAACCUUAUACGUGUUCACACUGUGACGAGAGAUUCAGUCAUUCAUCAAAUCUGAAAAGACACGAGAGGAUCCACACUGGAGAGAAACCUUAUAAGUGUUCACACUGUGAUGAGAGAUUCAGUCAGUCAUCAACUCUGAAAACACACGAGAGGAUCCACACUGGAGAGAAACCGUAUAUGUGUUCACACUGUGACGAGAGAUUCAGUCAGUUAACAACUCUGAAAACACACGAGAGGAUUCACACUGGAGAAAAACCUUAUGUGUGUUCACACUGUGACAAGAGAUUCAGUCAUUCAUCAACUCUGAAAAUACAUGAGAGGAUUCACACUGGAGAUAAACCUUACAAGUGUUCACACUGUGACAAGAGAUUCAGUCAUUCAUCAACUCUGAAAACACAUGAGAUGAUCCACACUGGAGAGAAACCGUAUCACUGCACUGCACAUGGGAAGCGUUUCAAUCAAUCAUCUGCUCUACACAGUCAUACAAAAAACAAUCACAUUAAGGCCUCAUACACAGGGAGACGCGUUUAGCUGUAUACGUAAAAAUUGUGUAUCAUAUUGGCAUUUCGUCCAGACGUAUCGGGCGUUUUGGGAGCCUGAAAUUCUAUUUUUUUUAAACCGGGUCCCAAAGUGGAUAAAUCUGAAAACAACACCUUUGUGUUUUGUGUGUACAGCCAAUCUAUAUUUUGUGAAACGAUGAUGUCAUCACCCCACGUCUUUACCCUAGUCAGACACCGCUACAUCAUGUAAAGGCCGGGACACACCAAGCCAACGGUCGGGCUAGUUUGUGUGGUGUGUUUCACUCGUCGGGUUAACGUCGGCGGCAGUUUGCCCAAUUCAACAUGUUGAAUCGCCAUUGGGACCGUUGGCGAGAGGCAGAACUCUGAUUGGAUGUUCAGUUUAGCAAACGAGUCAGUGCCCGAGAAUUACAGUGAAAGUGAUGAAAACAAGCACGUAAAUGAAGGCGGCACAAACAGAAGGCUGUUUAAAUGUUACGUGAUCUUUCUAAUCAUUCUAAUACGCAAACGUUUUCAUAACAUGAGCCGCUUAAAGUUAUUAAGGUUAUCGACGUUACUGAUAUUCAAAAUGGUAAGCAAACGCUGCUUUGUUCAUGUUUUGUAUAUCUGCGUUUAUCUAGUAUAUCUUUGUUUCGGUUUCUCCUUUUGAAUGACGAAUAUAUACUAUUGAGAGCUGCUGAUAUAGACAGUUAAUUCCACAGAACGCAUGUGUUAGUUUGCUGUCGGCUGUAGUCUGUGCAGUGUGUUCGCGCGCAGUAGGGCUGUGCAAUUAAUCGCAUGCGAUUCCCAUGCGCAUCUCGUCAGUAAAGCCGGUUCCGUGAUUGACGGUAAAUCUCCAUCACCUGUUUUCAAAUGGAGCGGCAGUUAAUACACAGAGCCGUAGUUCACUGACAAGCUACGCGAUAUCGCGUUCAUAAUCGCAGAUGAAUCGCAUUCGAGUAUGAACACGAUAUUGCGUAGCUCCAUUUGAAAACAGGUGAUGGAGAUUUACCGCCAAUCACGGAGCCGACUUUACUGAGGAGAUGCGCAUGAGAAUCACAUGCGAUUAAUUGCACAGCCCUAGUGCGCAGCUUUUUGGUCUGACGUGAGGCGACAACACCAUCGGCUUUCGUCGCCGCUAGUUCUUUGAAGUUGGCUUGGUGUGUCCCGGCCUUAACAGCAAAAACAAUGACGGACUACAUGCUUCUGUUCAUGCUGCAGAAGCCUAUUAGCGUUACUAACUUUACUAUCUUUUCUUGUUGUUGUGUUGGGUUUGUAUAAAGUGCACAAGGUUUAUACACAUGCUCCAAGUCUUCUCCAUUUUUAGUGUAUCUCUGUGGCAGAAUUACAGCGCCACAUAUUGGUCUGGCAUGAAAACUACAUCAUUUGAGUCAGUUUCAGUGAUUUUGUGUGUACACAGAUAUUUCUUGAGACAACGCCAUGUUUACAGAAGAAUGAAAAAAUAAAACAUGGGAUAGGGAAAGCUCUGGCUUCGUGUGGAUGAGUCCUAUGUAGAUCAUCUUCAGAUCCAGCAUUAUCAGAUCUGAUGCUGCCUUCUCAUCAAAUGCAACACAAUAAUGCAUCAAGCAGUAAAAUAUCAUCUGGAUAAAUCUGUCCUGGCCAGUCAUAACAAGCAACAUGACAAAGAAACAUUAUCUAAAGUUUUCACAGUGACUAAAGUUCAUCUUCAUGUUCUAAACUAGCAGAUUCAACUGAGAUUCAGAUUAACUCAAAGAUGGACUUCCUCCCUAAAGAACAAUGUCAAAAAGUUUUAUUCUUGUAUGCCAUUUUGCUUCAUGAUAUAAAUAUCAUUGUGUUUUCUUAUGAAUUUCAUAUUAUGUUCAAUUGUCUUAUAAUGCAUGUGUAUCACUUCAGGUCACUGUCAUGAAGCUUUGCAACUGAUCCUUCUUUGCUUCUCUUGUAAGUAGGAAUGAAUACAUGAACCCGGUAUUAAAUGAGCUCUAGGGCUUAAUUACGAAAGACUGUAGUAUCGAAAAGCAAAUGAUAACUGUUCUUCUUUUGGUGCUGGGUAAAUUAAGGAAAUACACCUACAGUUUAUUAUUGCUACAUAAAUAUUAUCAAGCUAACUGUAUCUUGUCAACCGUUUCUACAUGUGAUAAUAUCAAGACAUUCAUCACUGUCGCGUUUUUGUUUCUGCAAUCCAGAAGCAAGGUCUCUCUUGUACUUUAGGGCUGUGAGAUUAAUCUAAUUUGAUUUUCGAUUGAGUUUGACUUCCAAGGAUUAUGAAAACAAGUUGUUUGACUUAAAGCGAUAUAUUAGAGAAAAUCUGAUGUCUUGACUUUAUGGCCGCUGUGUGUGUGUGUCUGUUAUGUCCAUGUGACCGUAGUAAUCCAUUAUUAUGAGUUUACACCACUGAUCUAUAAUAGAGACCUGGAUUUCUGAUGAGAUCAUUGAAGUGAAGCCACUGCAGCGCCAUAUUGUUAUUUACUAGUAUUGUCAUAUAUUAUAUUGAAUUAACAGUGAAUCUUACGAUCUUAAUGAGAAAACAUCACCCAACGAGUCAGUGUUUUUAUAUCUGAAGGUUUCCUGGACAUUCUUACAACGCAAACGUGCUGCAUGUAAAAGGUUAUUUGUUUCAUGUUGGGAAUUUCCCCUGCCUCUUAAAAAAAAUGCUAACACUUUAUUUUAAGGUGUCAUAAUACAGAGU